ACUAAUGCUCGUGACGGCCUAGGUAGCGCUGUUUACAUCAUGGCGGCAUCUGUGAAUGAUGAAUCGAAGGAAGCGGAACAUUUAUCAGAAAGUGAUGAGGAAUAUACAGAUGAUGAUGAUGACGAGGAGGAGGAGUCAUCAAUUUAUGAGGCAGUUGGAGAAUUUGCUGCUCAGGAACCAGGUGAUUUAAAUUUAAAAGUUGGAGAUAUUUUAUCUAUUAUUACAAAAAGAAAAGAUGGAUGGUGGAUAGCUGAAAAUGAGGAAGGAGAAACUGGUUUAGUGCCUUCAACUUACCUUAAGUUACACACAAAAUCAUCAAGAGAAGAUGCCGAUAGUCCAAGGGAUAUGUGUGAUAAAGAUAAUGUACAUGAAGAAAUAAAUAAUGCAAAUCAUUCUUCACCAAUGUUGUUAAGGAAAUAUGAAGAUGAUGCCUAUAGUAUAGCUGCAUUUUUAUAUCCAAAACUUAGUUCUUCAGGAUUAUUUUUUUUUGACCUGGAAUGGGAUGAUACAAAUAAAACUUUAAAACCAAGACUUGUGAAAUGUCAACAAAUUAUUACUCUUGUUGAAUGUCGGUAUGUUCCAACAGUUAAACCAGGUAUAUAAUUUUUACUAAAAUUUUAAAUGAAUUUCUAAUGAUGUAUUAGUGAAGUUUCUUCCCCAAACUCUAUCUCAUUGAGUUGGU